AUGUUCCACUCGUUCGACAGCCGCCGGAGUCUCUCCGCCUCGGCAGCCGCCUCCCCGACUCCGUCCCGCAAGGUCAACCGCUCGUGCCAGGAGUGCACAAGGCGCAAAGUCAAGUGUGACGGUGGACACCCUUGCGCCAGUUGCCAGUAUUACAAGGUUGCAGAAACGUGUGAGUACAGACAGCGGAGCAGGCGACAUGCUGUAAGCAGGAGCACUCUUGAGAAGACUUCGGAGCAGCUCCGCGCCCAGGCCAGUGUUCUGCAAGAACUCUUCCCUGAUGUUCCCGUCGACGACUUGGUCGGCAAGAGCCGCGCAGAACUGCUCACUCUACUGCCUCGAGACUCCCUCUUUGGAGCGCGGCCCAUGACCGCUUCACAGCCCAACCUCUUGUCGCCUGUCGCCGGCAUCUCCACCACCGCCGACGAGGACGAGGACGAUGGGCCUGACGACUCGACGCAGAUCUCCGAGAACGAGAACGGAGAAGCCGCCAACGACCGCCGUUGGGACGAAUCUGCCCAGCAGCCCGCCACCAUCCGCGCCAGCGACGAUAUCAACGCCAUCAGCCUGGCGACGGACCAGCACCGCCGCUCUUACCUCGGCGUCACCUCCAUGAGCGCCGUCCUGAGAGCCAUAUUCCGCCUCUGCCCCGCCGCUAAAGAGCACACAGCCGAGCGCGCAAAGAUGUGGGCCGAGUCCCAGUACCCAUCCCAGCUGCUGCCGUCGCUGUCCCUCAUCAGCCCGGGCGCCGGCCUGAACCCCCUGCGCGAGCAGCGCUGCAUCGAGUUCUACUUUGACCACAUCCACCCCAUCACCCCGAUCCUUAACGAGGACGACUUCCGACGGACCCUUGCAGCGGGCGGUCGCCACGACAGCUCCUGGCUCGCCCUCCUCAACAUGGUCUUCACCCUGGGCUCCAUCGCCUCCGGGAGCGAUUCUCUGCACGUACAGUACUACAAACAGGCUCGCGUCUAUCUUGACCUGGACUCCCUCGGUUCUGGCAACAUGGAGAGCCUCCAGGCCCUCUGUCUGCUGGGUGGCUACUAUCUUCACUACCGCAACUCCCCCAACAUGGCCUACGCUGUGCUCGGCGCCGCCCACCGCGUCGCCAUAGCCCUGGGCCUGCACCGAGAACCCGCCCGCAGCCGCGCCGCUGAGCGCGCCGAGAACCACCCGGAACACGCCACCCACAUCUCCCGCGCCGAGACGCGUCGCCGGACCUGGUGGAGCCUCUUCUGCCUCGACACCUGGGCGAGCAUGACUCUCGGUCGCCCGACCUGCGGCCGCUGGGACAGCAGCACCAUGGAUACGCUCCUCCCCACGCCGCUGUUCGCCGAUGACCACGCCGCCGCCUCGCUGCGGGCGAGCUGCCUGUUCUGCCACAUAUGCGACCGGAUCCAACACCGCUUCGCCCAACACGCCCGCCUGUCCGCCCACGAAGCCCUGGCCUUCGAUCGCGAGUUGCGCGAAUGGCACGCCUCCCUGCCCGAGUAUCUGAGGAACCCGGCAAACUCCCCUCCCCGGCUGACUGUGGCCCGCGAGUUCAUGCGCAAUCGCUACCUGAACGUGCGACUCAUCCUGUCCCGCUGUUUCCUGCUGUACCUCGCCCACGACCGCAGCCUCAAACGCGGCGCCGCUGCCAUCUCCGCCGUCAUCGAGCCCUCCCCCGACGACGUGAUGCUGGUCGACACCUGCCGCUCCGUUGCGCUGGAGGCCAUUGACGCCAUAACCCUCUACUGGACACCCAACCGCGUUCACGUCUGGAACUCGGCAUGGUAUCUCUUCCAAGCUUGUAUGGUCCCGUUGCUGUCCAUCGCCAUCGAGACCAACCACCGCCACUCAUCUCGCAAGCAACAGCAGCAGCAGCAGCAGCAGCAGACACAACCGCACUUGUCACAAUCGCAACAGCCAACCAUCUCCUCGAGAACGUCCUUGACUAAUACCGACACUGUCCCGCCGUCCAGAACCGUAGCCACAACCGCACCCUCGCCGGAAAAUAACCCCCUCCUGACCUCCUGGUGCGCGAGCCUCACGAAAGCCCUCGAGCUGUUCGCCGAGAUGCGCCCCUGGAUGCGCGCCUCGGACCGCACGCCGGACAUCGUUUCGGCUCUCUACGAGGCCGUCACCGCCGAUGUUGACGGAUCCGGCGCCGGCUCCGCUAUUCGCACGCCGUCGGCCACCACGGACAGCGGCAUGGACCUGUUUGGAUGGUGCGACGAGCAGCUAACGGAGCUGGACUGGGGCGCGUUCCUCGGCAGCAGCGGCGGCGGCGGGGGUGGCGGCGGGGGUGGCGAGGACGGGAUGCAUCAGAGUAUGUUUGCUUUCUCCUAA